AUGAAUUCUUCCAAAGAAGAUGGUAUCAAUUUAUUGAUUAUUAGUAUUGCACAAACUUGAGUUUAAGAAAAUAAUUAAAAACUCGCCCAAAAGUAACCCUGAAGAAUGUUUGAAUCCUCCUUCUUUUAGUGAAAGCUUUUUCUUAGUUAAUUCAAUCAUAUCAUAUGAUAACUUAAAAGAAGCUAAACAAGAUUAAAUAAACCAAUUCUUGGUUGAGAAUUGUGAGAAAUGGGUGGAAACAUCGGAGUCAACUUAAUGCAUACCACAUUCCAGGAAAAAAUAAUUAAGAAAAAAAUUAUCAUAGUUUUCUGUUCUUAUUUAAAUACUUCUCUUAAUGAAAUAUUCGAUCGAUUUUUUGAACACCAUAUUCAACCUAUUUUGUGGAAUAUACAUUCCUUUUCUUUAACUUAGAGAGGAGUAUGAAAAUAUUAGCAAUACCCUAUACAUUCUAGUAUUUUUUCAUCUACUCAUUAUCUUUAUUUAAAAUCUUUAUUCAUAUAUACAAAUACUCAAAACAUCAAAUACACAUAAUGAAUAAAAGUUUAGCUUAUUAAAUUAAAUUACUUUGAAGAAUUUAACAGUCAUAUCCUUUUUAUUAAUCUAUAUAAUAGAAAAUGUGAGCCAAAUUCUUUUAAUAGUUUCAUUUUAUUACUUCUACAUUGGGUAUUAGAAGAUAGAAAUAUUUACUCUAUUGCUAAUUAUUAAAAGAAGUAUAAUAUAAAAAUUAUUUAUUAGGAAAGUUCUAUAAAACUCUAGCUAUUUCUAAAGUCAUUAUUUAUUAUAUUUACUUCUUGCACUUAUUCUCUUGUUUUUUUGAACUGUCAACUGAAAGUGGAGAUUUUUUCUAAAAAUACAAGGAAUCCUUAAUCAUCAACAUAAAUUUUAUAACUUUCCAAGCAAAUUACCAAGUCUAGGAUUCAACCAUGAAUUUUGAAGUAAUGAUUAAUUAAAUAAUUGCAUUGCUUCUGAUGUUAUAUACCAUUGAUGUUUUAAUGCGAAUAAGAUCAAACAAUGGUUAAAUUGAAAAUUAAAUAUAAUUUGAUGUGUAUGUGUUACAGUAUUACAUUUGGAACCAUAAGGGAUAAAUAUUAAAAAAAUUAAAAUUAUAUCAAUAAAUCUCGAAUAAAGAGCUGACAUAAAAAUAGGUAAUUUUUAUUAUAAAUAUAAGUUGGCUUAAUAAGAAAUUAUUAAAAAAAUUUAUUAAUCCAUUUUAAAGGACAAUUUAAAAGUUCUUAAUAUAUUUUCAAAAUAAUUUACAAUAAAUUUAUCUUAAAAACUAAAAUCAAUUAAAAAGUCUAAGGAGAAAAUAAAAUUAGAUAGAUACGGAUUAUAUUUGAUUUUAGAAGGCAAAGGAUACCUCAGAUUGGGAAAUUAAUUUAAAGGCCAAAAAGAAAUAGAUUCAAAAUAGUUCCAAUUCGGGUUAAUAAAUUGUUUUCAGAGUAAUAUCUCUGAUGUUGAGUUAGAAUUGGAAGAUCAUUUUUUAUUAUUGUAUGUAAGUUCUGAGGAUUUUUCUUAAAGUCUAACUUUAAGUUAGGAUUUUGUAAAAUAAUAAAUUAUUUUAGGAAUCCUUUCAUCUAAUAAAACAUAAAAUCAUUUUCGAAGGUGAAACAAAUCUGAUAGAGUAUAGAUGUUGGAUUUGUAAUGGAUAUCAUUAGGAAAGAAGAUGUUCAGUUAUAAAAAUAUAAAUGAGCUUUACUAUCUAAAAUGAGAAUAAUGCUAGAAGUAAUUUAAAAAAAAGAAUCCUGAGUAAAAGUUAAAAAGCUUAUAAAACAUAUGUAAUAUUUCAUUUUCAUACAUUUAAGAGACUUUGCAAGCAAAAUGAUAGUGCAACCGUUGAUUAGAGUGAUAGCAGUUCAAGUGAUAGUAAAGACGAAUUUGAAGUAUAUGCUGAUGAAGGAAGUGGAAGCCAAAAAGUCACUGAUAAAAACAUUAUUUUAACAAGCAAGGGAAAUAUAUAAAUUCCUACAAUUUAAAAGGACGGAUACGUAGAAUACAUUACCGAUAAAUUAUAUGAAUAAUUAAGGAGCAGCCAUAAAAACAUACAAUUAUAACCAUCUAUAUACACCAGUAGUUAGUAAAUCGCACAAAUAAUACAGCCAGAUUUUAGAAGUAUUCCUUUAAACUCUUCCUAAUAUAAAUUUCAAGAACUCUUAAGUGUUGAUGAUUGUGACUGUGUGAAAGAAUAUGCUUAUUUUUACCCGGAGUACAACAUAAGCUACAUCAUUUCACUAAUACAAAAUUGA